UGAUGAAGAGUUCAUACCAGCGCGAAAGAGAGGCAGUCGCAGCGGCCGCUACAGAAUGAGGACAGAGAGUGAGUGAGUAAGCCGCUAACCCCGUCGGUCUGAAGCCUCAACCCCAGAACCGAUCUUGUUGAGGCUUUUCAUCGGAAAUUCGAUUAAACGGGGGAAUGUCUUGAUGGUUUCGAUUAUUAAUCGAUAUGAUGGUAGCUGCUUCAAGGUGCUUCAAAGGCAUUCGUCAUUGCAAAGCCCAUAUAAACGCAUAUGCAGCGGUGCAAAAUAGUUUAGCUUUUAACUCGUCUUCAGUUCGCAGCUUUGGAGGUCGCGUUGGCGGCAGAAGAAGCGGAGGCUACUUGUACACUAAUUCUUUCAAAUCAAUUACAGUUGGUGUCCCCUGGAUCUCUCCAUUUUUUGCAAUUACGCAUGCAAAUCAUGUAAAUUAUAGGCCAUUUUCCAUACAGGCCUCUUCAGAUGAAGUAGUGGAUGAAUUCUUGAAUCAGAUUCGUGCCGCUGUUGAAAAAUCUCAUAAGUCAAGUGGAGAAAUCUGUACUUCUUGCAUUGAGAAGCUGUGCAGAGAGGGAAACCUUUCUACUGCUGUUAGAUUACUACAAUCCUUACGUGAUAGUGAAAUCCGCCUAGACUCCAAUGUGUAUAAGCUCCUUUUGGCAGCAGCAAGCGACAGUAACGACAUUGACACUUUGUCCCAGGUUUUCAAAGAUCUCUUUGUGUCUUGUAAGUCUUUGCCUUCUACUUCUUACUUUCAUGUCGCCAAGGCUUUUGCAAAUACAGAUGACAGUGUCCAGCUACUGGGAUUUGUUAAAGAGAUAUCGGAAUUGACUUUUCCCAGUGGUUUAAUGGCUGUAAACAGAAUCAUCUAUGCCUUUGGUGAAACUGGUCAGAUUGAUAAGGCCAUUUUGAUAUAUAAUCAUAUGAAUGAUUUGAAAUGUAAGCCAGACUUGAUCACAUAUAAUAACAUCUUAGAUAUCCUCGGCCGUGCACGUCGCAUAGAUGAAAUGCUGCAUGAGUUCGUCUCCAUGAAGGAAGCAGACAUCGUUCCAGAUUUCAUCUCUUAUAAUACACUGAUAAACAACUUGCGGAAGGUAGGUAGAUUGGAUCUGUGCUUAGUAUACUUCAGGGAAAUGGUUGAGAGUGGAAUAAAUCCAGAUUUGCUUACUUACACUGCAUUGAUUGAUGUUUGUGGACGAUUGGGAAACACUGAGGAGUCAUUAAGACUCUUUAGUGAGAUGAAGGUGAGGCGAAUUCGUCCUUCAAUUUAUAUAUAUAGGCUGCUUAUCAGUAAUUUGAAGAAGAUUGGAAAGGCGGAGUUAGCAACAACUCUUAUGGAAGAGAUGAAUGAUUCUCUUUCAGAUCUGGCUGGUCCAGGGGAUUUUAAACGAAAAGGCGAUCGAAAAGGUAGGUAGUUGGGUGCUCGAUAGUCCAGUUAUUGAGUUAUUGUGGAAUGCUCAUUUCUGGGUUCUUGAGAUAGCUUAUCGAAGGACAUGUGAUGGAGGCCUAUGCAUGCAAUGUCAUCGCAGGUUGUUGAUUGGGAGCUAAGCAAAUGGUUGGUAUGUUGCAAAUUAAUGCUAGCAUCUGGAGAGAACUGUUGUCAUAGAUUCAAAAGUUGAGAGCAGGAGUGCUGUCUAGGCCAAUCUGGUUGAAGUAUGUAUAUACAUUGAUCUUCCCAUGCAAUGGAUGGCUGAGGUGAAAUGCCUUUUUACAGUUACCUAACCCUUGCUUCUUUGUGAUGAUAUUGGUCAUACACAGUUUAACUUGCAACUUAGGAACUUUUAACAUGGCAUCUCGGAUUGUUGCAUAAACACUCCAAACAAGGAUCAUGUGGAAGCAUCUUCAUCUUCCAAGCAGUUUGCUACAAACAACGUUGAGAUCGAUUACAUGAUUCAAUAUGAGAAAUUAGUGAGAAUGUUUGAAGCUUUCUCUAUGAAUCCCUUAGCUUUGAAUCCAUCAGUGUCUAUUUUAAGGGCAUUGGUUGGUAAUAUGUUAUAGAAUACUGAGAUGUAGAUGUAAAGCAAAUCAAUCUGUUAAUGAAGAAUGACAUUCAAUUGAAGGUA